AUAAAGAAAAUAAAACAAAAAGUUUACUUCUAUUCGGAAUAUUUCUUAAUUAAAAGAAAAUCAUGAAAGAUAAAUUCAUUGCAGCUUUGCUUGUAGCUUAAACAUUAUUGAAAAUAUUUCUAACAGAGAACCUUACAAACUGAUUGCAGGUUUACCAUUGUCAAUGUAGAGAUAAAAAGAAAAAAUUAAACGUCAUGUGUCUCUAUAAUUUUGCUAGCUGUCAAUUGAAAUCGCCCAGUUUUUAGUCUUUUUUUAAAUGUUUUUUCAAUGAUAAUAAUAAAUCUGCUAUUCUUGUAUAAUGUAAAUCUAAACUAAUGAAUUCGUAUUACUUUAUAUGUGAUGGCUAUAUUUGAGAAAGAGUCUCAUUCCAAAAUUAUAUUAGAUGACACAGAAAAACUUAUUUGUAUCAUAGAAAAUGCACAAAAUAUCAACAAGCACACUGAAUACAGAUUACAAGUGCAAAGAGGUCCCAGUAAAGAGAUCAAAUGGACGGUGUCUCGGCGCUACAGGGACUUCGCAGCGCUGCAUUCGGUCCUGCAGCAAGCUAACAUUGACUUGCCAUUGCCACCAAAGAAACUUAUUGGGAACAUGCAACCAUCUUUUAUUGCCGAAAGACAAGUAGCCUUGCAGGAAUACAUAAAUGAAGUACUGAAGCAUCCUAUUCUAGCAUUAUCUUUACCAGUGAGGAGCUUUUUGGAUCCAAAUAAUUAUUUAUUAAAUAUUGCAGAACAAGCACUGCAAACAAUGUCAAUAGCCCUGCGGGGAGAUGGACAGUUUGAGUUAAAGGGGCCUCUGGCUGAUAUUGGCUGGAGAGUUAGAAAACACUAUUUUUUGGUGACGGACUCGGAGACUAGAACGAAUUGUCUGUUAUCAUGGCAGAACUAUGGGCCUGAUAGGUAUUUAAGUGAUAAGGAUCUGCAAGCAGCUUUUAAGAGUAUAAAGGGUGUAAAUCAUCCACAUAUAGAUAAAAUAUUAGCAAUUCAUAGUUUGGAAUCAGGUGCCUAUGUAGUACGAAGGAUACAUGAAACCGGCAGCCUAAGAGACAUACUGUACGGGACCGAGUACACGCGGAACCAUCUAGCCAAAUAUGGGAACCCAAAAGUGAGGAAACCACUGACUGAAGGACAAAUAGCGCAUUAUGGAUAUCAAGUAUUACAAGCGUUGAAGUUUUUACACGAUAAGGGAUUACCGCACGGUCAUCUCCACUCCGGCAACAUAGCGAUAGAAAACCAAAAAGUCCUCCUCAUGGACAUUCAGAACAGUAUCCUUGGUGUAUCCAGCCUACACCGGCCUUAUCUCCUAGAACUAAAGAGAGUUUCGUCGGCUGAAGCGGUGGAUGUGUACUGCUUUGGACGGACGCUGUACGAGCUGGCCUUUGCCGAACCGUUAGAUAGCUACUACUGUGAUGAUUACCCGCGUGGAAUCUCAGCUGAGUUAGAAUCAGUCCUCCAGUUGUGUAUAUCGAGCGUGGCGUGUAAGAACGCGCGCGUGUCCGGAGCCCUAGAGCCGUUACUGCAGCACCCGUUCUUUACCAGAGCCACGUUGAAUGGGUCUAGACUGGAAGCUCAUCACCUCAAGUUUCCGCUGCCGCUGAAGGAAGAGCUGAGGAGGGCAGCGGACGCGGUCGAGGCGCGGCUCAAGGCGGAUCAGAAGUUGGUGCGGAGUGCGAAACGUGAAGUGCGUAUACAGGAAAUACUCAAUUCUGAAACGGAACUAAAGAAACAGAAGAAAAGAGCGAGAAAAAGAGAUAGCAUGUGGAAGUCGACUUCGUCGCUCGCGGAGACGGUGCGUUCGCAGAGUGCUAGUACCGCCUCCUCGCCCACGCCGCCACACAUUUCGGGCGAAACGAGCGUCGCGGAUGUAAGUCCUCGGGCCGCCGGCAGCCCCACGGACGCCCGCGGCGCGCUGCUCAGCGCCAUCUGCGGCUUCGACCGCGCCCGCCUGGCGCGCGUCACCUCGCGGUGAGCCCUGUGUCCCGCCCGAGGCCCACUCGUGACGCCGGCCACCGUACCAUGCGGGCAGGGGAUCCAUCGGCGUCAGCGUCGAGCGCGCGGUUCUUGCCCGAGGCGUUAUCAUCGUGAAUCGCAUCACUUCUUUACCAACAGUGGCGUAACUAUAGGGUGGCAAAGCGGGCAAAAUACCACGGACCUGGUUUGAAAAGGGAUUUUUUUGCUCUAUAUGGCACAAUCGAGGCUGGAACCUACUACUUUUUGCCCCACCCACAUACGACAGGUUAACCGAAAGUCUCGGACCAUUUGGCGCACGGGCCCCUAUUCCAUGAAUUUGCCACGGAUGGCGGCUGGUAUAUAUAGUUACGCUAGUGAUGUACCUCGCUUGACAGGUGGUUUAUAUUUCACUUUCCAUCUUAUUACAAGUAAUACUAAUGUCUAUAUUAUUAGAAAAAUAAAGAUCGUGUCAUUCACGAUGACGCGUGCCUUGACCCGUAUUGUCAUGUUAUUAGAAGUUAGAUUUGACAAAUCUUCGCAUCAUCGUGGAUGACACGACCUAUAUUGGACGAAGCGUUUUAAACUAAACAUUUCGAGGUUGGUCUCAUAUUAUGAGUUACUCAGAAUGACCUAUUCACUCCGUAAAUUAUUGCACUAAAUAAACACCUUAUAGUCAAUUUGUAACUGUGUUUCGUAGUUAGAUACAAAUAGUUCAGUGUUCGUGUGAAUUGAAUUUUAGCGUUAAUUAAAAUAAAGACGUUUUUAAUUAACUUAAUUUUUUUCAACGUUUGACAUAUUAUACAACGUGUGCAAAUAGCAACGCUUAAGUAAUCGACCUAUUUCGCAGCGGUAAGGUUCACGAAUUCUUACGGUAAAAUUUGUAACAGUUUUAACUUUUACCUAUAAAGAAAUUCGUUGUUAUGUAUAUUUCACGUAUUCCAUUCCUCACUUUGCUAUUUGCCUUAGGAACUUAUUCUAUCUAUAGCAAUCUUGAGUUCUGUGAUCUUGAGGCCUGUAUCGAUUCGAAUCCUAAGUUUUUGAAUUUAGCUUGAUUACAAAAAAUAACAUAGGUUUAAAAUGCACUUUAAAUAUCGGCAAUGUCAUGUUUGAGGGAACACAUCGAUUACUUUUUUGUUGUAUUUCAACGUACAAAAAAUUUAAAUUAAAAAACAUGAUAUCAGCGUUCCCGGGCACGCAUUUUCAUCUUGCCCAUGCUUACGCUCAGAGUGACAGAAGAUCGCGAAUUUACUGCACGUUAAAACGAGGCCGAUAUUUCACUAACAUAACACUUGCAAGGAUAUAUACCUAAAGCGGACGCUACAGUUACAUUUUUGCCAAUCAAAAUUGAACCAAAUUACUAGAACAUUAGUGAAGGUAUUCGAAAGAGAAAUAUCACUUGACAAAGACAACUAUAACUUGGACCUUUUUAAAUCGAGAGUGAAUAGACAUCUUUUAGGUAAGCAUGUUCCAUCCUAGACUGCAUCGGCACUUUCCAUCAGGUGAGAUUGUGGUCAAAUGCUUACCUUUUCGUUAAUUAAAAAAAAAAAAAACUCGCAGCCAAGUAACCUAGUGUCCAUAUUUAUUUGAAAUGUAUAUAGAAAAGUCUUUGUUAGGUAAGAUGCAUUGGGGUAUACUCGUAGUACGUGCAAUCACCAUGACGCGCAGAUUUGUCAAAUCUAACCUUUAAUAACAUGACUAUACGAGUCAAGGCAGGUGAAUGACACGAUAUGUAUAACUUUGAAAGCGGGAUAAUAUUGAAAACGGCUAAUAUCUACUAAACUAGGAGCACUUCAUACUUCAGCCAUACCAAAGAUAAAUAAAGUCUAAGAAAAAAACGUGACAAGAAAAAUUUAUGCUCGAAUAGAUGGCGACACCGUUUGAUAUCCCAUAUCAGUGAAAGAACAUAGGUCAUAUGGAAGGUAGAGGCAAGGAACAGAAUCUCCUUAGGCAGAACUGCAGAAUAAUAGUUCCGAAUCUCUCCAGAGUAGCGCUAGAGUAGCUAAGAACCUAGGCUAUGGAGUGUGGAAUUAAGAGGAGUGGCAUCUCUUAUGGUAGAACUGUUGCAAAAGUGUCCAGCUGUCAGCUAUAAAUAAUAGUUCCAAAUCUCUCCAGAGUAGCGCUAGAGUAGCUAAGAACCUAGGCGUUAUUGACGGAGUGAAUUGCGCUGUCUAUGAUUUGAUUUUUUUGUUCUCUAGGUAUUGUAUCGCCAUCUAUUUAAAGUUUUUUGAUGACACUUUUUGGUACAUGGAGAUUUCGUUCCUUAUCUCCACCUUCCGUAUCCUAGGCGUUAUUGACAGAGUGAAGUGCCCUGUCUAUGAUUAGAUUUUUUUCUCAAGUAUUCUAGAUAGUGCGUCUAGUUUAGUAGACUUAAGCAAUUUUCAAAAUUCCCCCGCUAACGAAGUUAGCACAAUGCACCUUAAUACAACACUUACAGGUAGAUUUUGUAGACAUUUUUUUUGUCAGUUAGGUAAAAUAAGAGCCUUGGUUUAUUUUUUAGCACGGCCUUCAAAAGGUCUGUUUUGUUUGGCGACCUAAGGCUUUAGUGGGUGAGAGUCAGAAUGGCGGGUGUACCUAAAUAAAAUUAAAUGAAAACCAUACCAUAUUUUUGUACCUAAUUUGUACUAUUUAGUACCUCCUUUAAAAAAAAUUGUACCUCACGGUACUUAAAGUUAUCACCAAAAAACAGGUCACCCGCCAUCCUGACAGUCAGAAUGGCGGGUGUACUUUAUUACGCUAUGUUCCCGUGGUUAUUGAUAAAUUCUAUAAAAGCCAAAUUUUUGUACCUUUUUUGUACCUUCAUAUUCAAUUAUAAUACGAGUCAUUUUAUUUUUGGUUUCCAAGUUUUACUCAUUUUAUAUUUUGCUUCUUAUUACAAUUUUGCAGGCGUUAUAAUUUUUUAAAUUAUCGAUUUCGUUUUUAAGAAAAAACGCUAAGGUACUAUUAUGUUUAUUACGCCAGGAUUUAGUACCUUUAAUGUUUAAUCUGUUAAGUUCAAAUAACUCAGUAAAUCAUGUCUUAAAAAAGGCUAGGCGCCAAUUCAAAGAAAUCUUCCUAAGAAAAAUCAUUUUUAAGACAUGAUUUUCUGAGCUAUUAGAACUUAACAGAUUAAACAUUAAAGGUACUAAAUCCUGGCGUAAUAAACAUAAUUGUACCUUAGCGUUUUUUCUUAAAAAUUUAAUCGAUAACUUGAAAAAUUAUAACGCCUGCAAAAUUGUAAUAGCAAGCAAAAUAUAAAAUGAGUAAAACUUGGAAAGCACAAAUAAAAUGACUCGUAUUAUAAUUGAAUAUGAAGGUACAAAAAAGGUACAAAAAUUUGGCUUUUAUAGAAUUUAUCAAUAACCACGGGAACAUAGCGUAAUAAAGUACGCCAUUCUGACUGUCAGGAUGGCGGGUGACCUGUUUUUUGAUGAUAACUUUACGUACCGUGAGGUACCAAUUUUUUUAAACGAGGUACUAAAUAGUACAAAUUAGGUACAAAAAUAUGGUAUGCUUUUCAUUUGAUUUUAUUUAGGUACAGCCGCCAUUCUGACUCUCACUUUAGUGGUACCUAGAUCUCGGUGGGUUACUGUAUUGAUGUUUUACAUAUAAGUAUUAAUUGGUGCCACGCAGUAACUUUGUAGUUUUUAUAAACGAGAUUAGCCGGGUCUACACAGAGCGAGCAUACGCGCGAGGCAAUUUCCUAACGCAUAAUACGGCCAGUGUAUACGUGAAUACGUGCCUCGGCCGAGGCGGCGUGCUCGGGCGAGGAAAACGCACGCGCCGCCUCGGCCGAGGCACGUCUACACUGGCCGGUUUGUGCGUGAGGAAAUUGCCUCGCACGUACGUGCUCGCUCGCUCGCUCUGUGUGGACCCGCCUAUUGAUUAAAAUACUUGUGCUGAAUCACCAAACUCACCUUUGUAUUUAAGCAAUUAAAAUUAAAUUAAAUAAGCUUGAAGUGUUUGCUUUGUCGCUCGAAUUUUAACUCGGCACUAAGGUUUUGCAGGACAAAUAGGACAUGUCACAAUUUUACCUUUUACAUUAUAAGUAACAUGGUCUUAACGUAGAUCAUACUACACUCAAUAUGCCUUUAGGUAAAAGGAGCUCCGGUGGUCACGAAUUUUACCUACUUUAGGAUGAAGUUAUUUUAUUUAGAAAGGACACUUGAGUUUCUACUUUUAGUAAUCGAACAAAUAACUUGUUUUAUUAGACGCGUGCAACAUCCAAAGGCACAGUCAUUAGUCAUAAAUAUCCACCAAGGCUUCAAAUUAUUGUGUGACUUUAAUAUUUGUGUUUGGUCGAAGGACACAAAACAUUUAAUAAGGGCUUUGUUAAUUUUAUGAAUAAUGGUACGGUUACAUGUAUCUGGCCAACCCUCCGUUAACCAUUUGUAAAAUUUAGAAGAGUAAAAUUUAUUCGUACUAGUAACAUCUGAUGAGUAAUAUGAAAAAUUACGGUCAAAGGUUAACAUUCGUUGCGGCAGCCGUAUCAGAAAAACUGUAACCAUGCCUUUACUGUGCGGCAUAUGCCGUGACAAGCUUGUAAUGUAUCAUAUUGUUAGCUGUAAGUUAAAAAGUGAUAAGCGACUGGUCAGUCUUAAUUUGGGAUUAUGAAAUUGUUUUUGUGUCUGGUUAUUCCCACUAGUUACCACUAAGUUGUUACCAGUGGUUACUAGUUACCACCAACUCGGUUUGGUACUAACUACUGUUUUUUUCUUCAGAGGUUGCCACUGGUAACAACUUGGUGGUAACUAGUGGGAAUAACGCAAUGUCUAUGUAAUAGCUUUAACCUUUAUAAAUAAGAUGAACUAUAAAUGUUUAAUAUAUUUUGUUGUAAGUGUAUAAAAAUAUACGAUAUAAUAAAACAUUGAUUCGAAGUCA